AUGUUCAACAAUAUUCUUUUGAGUGACAUCAAGUUUGCUUUUCCUAAUGCUGAUCGCAACUCAAUGAUUCCAGCUCACAAGUAUGUUCUCGCCAUUAGCAGUCUAGUAUUUUUCACUAUAUUUUACGGCGAUCUGGCUGAAACCAGUGACACUAUAAACAUUACGGACUGUGAUUCAGACGUCUUUCUUCGCUUUCUACGGUUCAUUUAUUGCGAGGAAGCGAAUUUUGAAGACAUGAUGUGCGCCAUUGACGUAUGGCAUCUUGCCGACAAAUAUGACGUCCCUUCGCUGGCGAAAGAGUGCUUGGAGUAUUUAGACGGAAACAUGGAUCCAUUGGACGCCUUUGAUCUAUUAACGUAUGCUCGCCAGUUCAAUAACGAGAUUCUGGAACAAACUUGUUGGGAGGUGAUAGAUUACAAUGCGGAAGCAAUCGUUGCUGAUGAAUCAUUUCUAGAUGUUGAACAUGCGUUUUUACUCUCCUUUGUUAAACGAUCUUCUGCACGAAUCAAGGAACUAUCCUUAUUUCAAGCUUUAGAUCGUUGGGCUACAAAGAAAUGUGAAGAAGCAAGUACGACAGUAGAUGGAGAACAGAAAAGGCGGUUCCUAGGAGAGGAAAUGAUCAGGCACUUUCGAUUUUCCUUGAUGUCGCCUAAAGAGUUUUCAGGUGAGGUUGAGCCAUCAGGCGUUUUGCAGGCAAAUGAAAUACUAGAUGUUUUUAAACAGUUCACUUCUGUUUCUGUCCCUGGUGGAUUCAAGUUCUCAACUAGUCCCAGAAGAUCAUCUAACAAAACCUUUUUUCACCGGCACAAUGCGUCUUAGAGAAACGAGCGUAGCCUUUCUAUGACUCAUGUAUUUACAGGUGUAUCUAGAAAGACAGGCCUACUAACAUUUGCGGUUACAGAGGACAUCUCACUUAGUGGUGUAAGAAUUGUGACUGAUAAAGGUCGAGAAUCUUUUCGGGUUAGUCUUGUCAUUUCUAAUGGAAAUAAGCACUUGAGACGAAUCAAGGAUUACAAUUUUACUUGUAAUACCGAUCGUAGCUUCAGCAGCUACGGGGAAAUUGAUGUAGUCUUCAACAGGCCAAUCGCUUUGGCAAAGAACACUUGUUACACAAUCAAAACUAAUACAGAUACUACAAAUAAUCUGGAUUCCGGCUUCGUCUACCAGCACAAAGACCAUAAACCUGAGGAGACAAUUAGGUUCUCCCCAAUAAAUUUCGGUACAUCAUCUUCAGUAGAAACAAAUAGCGUAAACACCAUAAUUUCUUUUUCUUAUUUUGGGAAUUAUUGUGACCAAAACUGUCCAGAACGUUCGGCGGUUGGAGGAGAGAUAACGAAACUAGUUUUUGUGCAUGACAAUGAGCCCACUGAUGUUCCCUACUGGGUUGAGGCGGCCGCGGAACUCGACUCUCUCCUCCGCAGAAGUCGC